AUGAAUAACAGUAACACGACUAUGACACCAUCGGAUGCUAUCCAACCAAGACGACACAUAGUUCAAAAUUAUUCACUCCUUUGGUUAGAUGAGUGUGGAGAAGAAGCAAAUAAAGAUUAUCAAAAUAUUUUGACACAAUUAAAAACCAUCGCCGACAAUGUGAAAGUCUUUAAGCAACGAGAUGAAUGUAUUGACUAUCUUACAGAUGCUCAAGAAGACAUCAAGUCUUUUCUCGUUGUCAAGGAGACUAUGUCUCAACAAAUAAUGCCCCACAUCAAUAAUAUUCCUCAGCUGCAUGGUAUUUAUAUCUUUAAUGAUGCUAAUAUCCAAACUGAAGAAUUGAAAACAAAAUGGCAAAAAAUCAAGAGCGUUCAUGCCAACAUCGAUGACUUAUGCCAAGCAUUACAAAUCGGUAUCAAGCAGUUCAAUCAAGACUCAAUAGCCAUGAGUUUUAUCACAGUAAAGGAAAUGGCUUUAACUGAUAACUUAAAUCAGUUGGAGCCAACUUUUAUGUAUACUCAACUAUUCAAGGAAAUUCUUUUUGAUAUGGAACAUAACGAACAGUCUAUCAAAGACUUUAUUACUUACUGUCGAGAUCAUGAUUGUGUGUCACCAAAAUAUAUUGACCGUUUUGAGAAAGAAUACCAUGCUCAAUUAGCUAUUUGGUGGUACACUUUCCCAUCCAACAUCUACUAUAUGCUCAAUUAUGCUCUUCGAACAUUAGAAGCCGAUAUAAUUAUUACUAUGGGUUUUUUUCUACGAGAUGUACAUGAACAAAUUCAGCAAUUAUACGAACAACAGGUCGACAGUUAUGGAAGAAAACCUUUUUUAGUUUAUCGUGGUCAAGGUCUUUUGAAAGCAGACUUCGAAAAACUCCAGAAAACACAAGGCGGCUUAAUGUCAUUUAACAAUUUCUUGUCCACCACCAAAGAUAAAGAAGUAUCCAUCGGUUAUGCACUCAUUGCUACAACAGAACCGGACAAGGUGGGCAUUCUUUUUAUGAUGUCCAUUGAUCCUUGUGUUAAAUCAGCGCCAUUUGCCUCCGUCAAGGAAGUGAGUGCUAUUAAGAGCGAAGAUGAAAUUCUCUUCUCAAUGCACACAGUCUUUCGAGUGAUUGCCAUUAAACAAAUGAGCAAUGAGAAUCAACUUUAUCAAGUUGAAUUACAAUUAACCUUCGAUAAUGAUGAACAACUACGAAAACUUACCGAUCGGAUACGAGAAGAAGCUGAUAGUAGUACUGGAUGGCAAAGAUUGGGCAACUUAUUGCUAAAAAUUGGUCAAUUCAAUAAAGCUGAAGAACUUUAUAAUGUUUUAUUCGAACAGACAUCUGAUCUGGGUGAGAAAGCAAUUUAUUAUAAUCAGCUGGGAUUUAUCCGUCGUAGUCAAGGUGAUUAUGAAAAGGCUAUUUGGUAUUUCAAACAAGGACUUGAAAUCUAUCAAAAAACUCUCUCUUCAAAACAUCCUUUCUUAGCUACUUCAUACAACAACAUCGGUAUUGUGUACCACGACAUAGCAGAGUACUCGAAAGCAAUUUCAUUUUACGAAAAAGCACUUGAAAUCAAACAAAAGACUCUUCCUUCAAAUCAUCCUGCAUUGGCAACUUCAUACAACAACAUCGGUACGGCAUAUAAAGACAUGGCAAAAUAUCCGAAAGCCGUUUCAUUUUACGAAAAAGCACUUGAAAUCUUUCAAAAAACUCUUCCUUUGAAUCAUCCUGAUUUGGCUACUUCAUACGCCAACAUCGGUAGCGUGUAUGACAGCAUGAUAGAGUACUCGAAAGCACUUUCAUUUUACAAAAAAGCACUUGAAAUUUUUCAAAAAACUCUUCCUUCAAAUCAUACUCAUUUGGCUACUUUAUACAACAAUAUCGGUUUGAUGUGCAAAAGCAUGGGGGAGUACUCGAAAGCACUUUCAUUUUGCGAAAAAGCACUAAAAACUAUGCAAAAAACUCUUCCUUCAAAUCAUCCGUCCUUGGCUACUUCAUACAAUAACAUUGGUAAUGUGUACGACAAGAUGGGAGAGUACUCGAAAGCAGUUUCAUUUUACGAAAAAGCACUUGAAAUUCAACAAAAAACUCUUCUCUCAAAUCAUCCGUCAUUGGCUACUUCAUACGACAACAUUGGUAAUGUGUAUAACCACAUGGGAGAGUACCCAAAAGCACUUUCAUCUCACAAAAAAGCACUUGAAAUUUAUCGAAAAACUCUUCCUUUAAAUCAUCCUGAUUUGUUUAUUCCAUAUAACAACAUCGGUAGUGUUUAUGAUAGCAUGGGAGAAUAUCCGAAAGCACUUUCAUUUUAUGAAAAAGCACUUGAAAUUUUCAAAAACGCUCUUCCCUCAAAUCAUCCUGAUUUGGCUACUUCAUACAACAACAUCGGUACGGUGUAUAACAACAUGGAAGAGUACCCAAAAGCACUUUUAUUUUAUGAAAAAGCACUUGAAAUUCGACAAAACAUUCUUCCUUCAAAUCAUCCUGAUUUCGCGCAGUCAUACAGCAAUAUUGGUAGUACGUAUGACAAGAUGGGAGAGUACUCGAAAGCACUUUCAUUUUACGAAAAAGCACUUGAAAUCUAUCAAAAAACUCUUCUUUCAAAUCAUCCUGAUUUGGCUACUUCAUACAACAACAUCGGUACGGUGUAUAGCAACAUGGAAGAAUACCCAAAAGCACUUUCAUUUUAUGAAAAAGCACUUGAAAUCUAUCAAAAAACUCUUCCUUCAAAUCAUCCUUUAUUGGCUACUUUAUACAAUAAUAUGGGCAGCGUGUAUGACAAGAUGGGAGAGUACUCGAAAGGACUUUCAUUUCACGAAAAAGGACUAGAAAUUUGUCAAAACACUCUUUCUUCAAAUCAUCCUGAUUUGGCUACUUCAUACAAUAACAUUGCUAUGGUGUAUUACAGUAUGAAAAACUACUCCAAAACACUUUCAUAUUUUGAACGUGCUCUGAACAUACUACAAAGUGCUUUACCUCCAGCUCAUCCUCAUGUCAAAAGUGUGAAAGAUGGUAUUGAAAGUGUAAAAGAAGAAAUGAGAAAGAAUAGUUGA